CAACCCCCUCGCACCUCGGCGGUGAUUGGAGAAAACACUCAUCAGACUUGCCACAAAGCUGUGAUUGGAUAAAAUGUUGGCUGAGGCGGUACUUUUCGUUCAGUGCCCCAGGGUCAGGUGACGGUCGGAGGGUGUGCUACGUUCAUUCUCACGUUAGGGGAAGUCACGUUAUGGGAGGGAACGCUUCUGGCUUCAGGCCGUUUCACUAGGGAUAUUCCUGAUAGUCUCUACGUGCCCUGGCAUCUUCAGAGAGUGUUAUGUGCUGGUUUUGGGGGAGGAAUGGGCGAAAAUAGACUGGGGAAGUUUAAAACAAACAAAAACCUACAUGCACGUGACAUGCCACCACUCACUCUAGUCUCCAACUCUUGGAGACUUGAGCCACAUGCAUUGAAAACGCCCCGACUGGUCCCGAUAGUGACCCUCAAUUAUUUUGAAUUAUUAGUAUGGAGGUUAUGAAGCUUAUCAAGGUGCAACCUAAGAUCUAACCCACAGGUUCCUUCCUGAUUUGGGUCUUAAUCACUGGCCUAAGGUUCUAGCCCAAGAGCGAGAGGCGCUUGCACCUGUGGGGCACUUAUUAUUGCUAUAAUUAUCCCCUAUACGAUCCCCAACGGAAUCCUGCUACGUAGCUCUGGCUAGCCUGAAACUCCCUUUGUAACCCAGGCUUGUCUUGAACUCGCUAUCCUUCCUUCCCAGCGCUGGGAUUACAGGUUUGAGUCACCAAGCCUUCUAUGUAAUUAUUUUUUUAACUGCCUCCUCCACCGGGCUGUGGCUUCUCGGUGGGAGUGGCUCUUACUCGUUCCUGUUCCUCUCUAGACUUGUCAGGGAAAAGCGCCCUAAUAUUCACUGCUCACCAGGGGGCGCUUCUUCUGGCCCUCAUUUGUACAUUUGAACUAGUGGUAUUGUUACGGGUGGUGCUUCCGAGAUUCAAAAUGACUGAGGGAGGAAAAUAGAUGCUGUGGAUAUGGGAAUUUAGAGUGAAACUGGACCGAACAAUGAGCCAGAAUUUGUUUGCGAUUGGGCUGAGGAAAUCAGGGUGUGUGUAGUCCCAAACAAGGACGGACCAUCAAGGAUGCUGUAUGAGUGAUGGCAUAGGGAGGUACCAGUUAAAACCUCACUUAACCUCUCUCUAGAGGUCUCAGAAAGAUCACAGGAGUCCCCACUCCCACCUUCCGAUUCUAUUUUGUCUCUUACAAAAAAAGUUUUCAUAGUUCUACACCUUGCCCAGCCACAAAGGUAUGGAAGUCAUGAAAACUAUUGUGACAAUUAGUUUGCCAGAAAGGAGGCAGAAAAAUAAGAAAACCAGGAGUUUGGGUCAAACUUGUGGGAAAUUCCAUGAAAGUCCUCCAUGUUUAUCCAGGAAACAGUCUAGGAAGCACCAUGUUCCUCUUCAUUUCUGGGGUACUAGCCUAAACCCUGAAGGCCCUGACACCUGCUAGCGAAGUCAGCCUCUCAGGCAUGGCUUCAGUUAGGGCACUUGGUGACUCAGGAUCUUGGGAAUGGCGUUGGGCAAGCCAUCAGACCAGCCACCUGGGCCUCCUCCCCCUUGGUGAGGCAACAACAAGGAACUCAACUCAGCCAGUCCUUCCCCGCAUGCCCACAUCAUCCUCCCAAGUUCUUACCACCUGCCUUUGCUGGAGCUUCUCAGGAGGCCCCUGACACCAGGUCAGGGCUUGGAGCAGAGUAUACCGGGGUUCAAGAGGGUAAAGAAGACAUAAUGGAACUUGCAAGAAGCCAGGCUUUUCUACUUUAAGCCCCUUAGAUGAUUUCUCAAAUCCAAGAUGGCUAGCAUUUCUUCCUUCCUGCUGUUUCCUCCCAGCCUCUGUCUCUUCCCAAGUGCUGGGAGAUCUGAGUGGGCAGGUGAUCUUCAGUCACUCUCUAUAGAUCAGUGCCCUUAGGUGUGGAGGGGAAGGAAUGAAAGAUUUAACAUCCCAUUCCCAAGACUCCAUAACCCUCUGAUGGGAUUUUGCUUUUUUGUGCUUGUUAUUUUUGCUGUGUCUACCCUCUCUUCUGCUUUUGUGCCCUCAAGGGCUGGCAGCAGAGAUUACAGGUAUCUCUUCUAGUCCCCAGAGCUCUUGAACCCCUGCCUCCCAAACUGUUCCCUCCCAGGUGUGGAGCCUGGACCUUGGCCCCAGGUUGCCCUGCAAGAAGUGUGUGAGUGAUCACACAGGUGGCUGAGGGCUGGCAUGCCUGAGGCCUGCCCAGCCUGAGUCACCUGGUGCUGUUGUUGUCACUGUCCCUGUUGUAGUCUCUGCUUAGCUUCACAGACCUCUGUGGAAACAGCAGCAGCCCAGUCCCUUCAACCUCUCAGGAGAAGCAGCCGCCUGAUGGUGAGCCGAAUGGGGUGGGGGGGGAGCCGGAGGCAGCGGGGGCGGUGGGGAGACUUGGGGCCCAGCUCAGUGCCUCUGCUCCCUAUGGCACUGCCACUACCUGCUUCUCCAUGUCGGGGACUUGGGGGAGGGAGGCUCUCUGUCUUCUCUCUGUCUCCUGCCCCUCGUACAAGAAGCUGCUCCUCUUCACUGUUUCCUCCUGCCUCAGGGUCCCCCUGCUCGGUGGCUCAGGAGGCAGGGGCUUCUCAGCUUCCAUACAAUGCCUCACCCACCCCAGCCACACCCUUAACACAGACCCAUCCCACAAUGACACCCACCUCUGCUUCCCCCUCGUGGGGGUCCCACCCCACCCCACCCCUGGCCUCGGUCACUCCCCCUCCCUCCUGCCGAUGCCCCCAGGACCAUCCUGGGCUGCGGAUAGGUCCUCUGAUCCCUGAGCAGGAUUAUGAACGACUAGAGGACUGUGACCCUGAGGGGUCCCAAGACUCACCCCUCCAUGGGGAGGACCAUCAACCCUUGCUUCAUGUGCCUGAAGGACUCCGUGGCUCCUGGCAUCACAUCCAGAACCUGGACAGCUUCUUCACCAAGAUCUACAGCUACCACCAGAGGAAUGGUUUUGCCUGUAUCCUGUUGGAGGAUGUCUUCCAGCUGGGACAGUUCAUCUUCAUUGUCACCUUCACGACCUUCCUCCUUCGCUGUGUGGAUUACAAUGUCCUCUUCAACAACCAACCAAAGAACCAUACAAGACCUGGACCAUUCCACAACAAAGUGACCUUGUCAGAUGCUAUUCUACCCUCAGCCCAGUGUGCAAAGAAGAUCCACGACAGUCCUCUGUUGGUCUUCCUCCUCGUCUUGGCUGCUGGCUUCUGGCUGUUCCAGCUGCUUCGUUCAGUCUGCAACCUCUUCAGCUACUGGGACAUCCAGGUGUUUUACAGGGAGGCUCUGCACAUUCCCCCAGAGGAGCUCAGCUCGGUACCCUGGGCGGAGGUGCAGUCCCGCCUCCUGGAACUGCAGAGGAGCGGUGGAUUGUGUGUGCAGCCGAGGCCGCUGACGGAACUGGACGUCCACCACCGCAUCCUGCGCUACACCAACUAUCAGGUGGCGCUGGCUAACAAGGGUCUGCUGCCUGCCCGCUGUCCACUGCCCUGGGGCGGCAGCGCAGCCUUCCUCAGCCGCGGCCUGGCGCUCAACGUGGACUUGCUGCUCUUCCGCGGUCCCUUCUCGCUCUUCCGCGGGGGCUGGGAGCUUCCCGAAGCUUACAAGCGCAGUGACCUCCGGGGCGUCCUGGCCACACGCUGGCGGCGCACUGUGCUGCUGCUGGCCGCCGUGAACUUGGCGCUGAGCCCUCUGGUGCUGGCCUGGCAGGUGCUGUACGCCUUCUACAGCCACGUGGAGCUGCUGCGGCGUGAGCCUGGCGCUUUCGGGGCGCGCCGCUGGUCCCGCCUGGCCCGCCUGCAGCUGCGCCACUUCAAUGAGCUACCGCACGAACUGCGUGCGCGCCUGGGCCGCGCCUACCGACCUGCGACUGCCUUCCUCCGUGCCGCCGAACCCCCGGCGCCCCUGCGUGCGCUGCUGGCCCGCCAAUUGGUCUUUUUUUCCGGAGCGCUCUUUGCCGCGCUGCUGGUGCUUACCGUCUACGAUGAGGACGUGCUGGCCGUGGAGCACGUGCUCACUACUAUGACGGUGCUCGGGGUCACAGCCACAGUGGCCAGGUCCUUCAUCCCAGAGGAGCAAUACCAAGGGCGUCCCUCGCAGCUCCUGCUGCAGGCGGCCCUGGCACACAUGCAUUACCUCCCGGAGGAGCCUGGUGCUGCAGGUGCUCGAGCCAGCUCUUACUGGCAGAUGGCGCAGCUGCUUCAGUACCGAGCAGUCUCCCUCCUGGAAGAACUCCUGUCUCCACUCCUCACCCCGCUGUUUCUGCUCUUCUGGUUCCGCCCCCGUGCUCUGGAGAUUAUUGACUUUUUUCAUCACUUCACUGUGGAUGUGGCUGGUGUUGGGGACAUUUGUUCUUUUGCCCUCAUGGAUGUGAAGCGCCAUGGACACCCUCAGUGGCUCUCAGAGGGGCAGACAGAAGCCUCACUCUCUCAGCGUGCAGAGGAUGGAAAGACUGAACUCUCCUUAAUGCGCUUCUCCCUGGCACACCCACAAUGGCAGCCACCAGGGCACAGCUCUAAGUUCCUUGGACACCUUCGGGGCCGGGUACAGCAAGAUGCAGCUGCCUGGGGUGCUACCUCAACACGAAGUCCACCGACCCCAGGGGUGCUCAGCGACUGCACAUCCCCACUGCCGGAAGCCUUCCUGGCCAACCUCUUGGUGAAUCCCCGCCCACCCCAGAGGGACCUUAGUCCCACAACUCCCUGCCCUGCUGCUGCCACAGCCAGCAUCCUUGCCUCUAUUUCACGAAUGGUCCAGGACCCCAGCUGUGUGUCCCCAGGAGGCACUGGGGGCCAGAAGCUAACCCAGCUCCCAGAGCUUGUUUCUGCUGAGAUGAGCCUUCAUGCCAUUUACCUACACCAGCUCCAUCAACAGCAGCAGCAGGAACCAUGGGGAGAAGCUUCAGCCUCCUCCCCACCAAGGCCCUGGUCCAGCCCUUCACAGCCAGGCUCACCAGAUGAGGAAAAGCCAUCUUGGUCAAGUGAUGGCUCCAGUCCUGCUUCCAGCCCAAGACAGCAGUGGGGUAUCCAGAGGGCCCAGAAUCUGUUUCCAAGGGGCUUUCAGGAGACCACAGACACCCAGAAGGAGCCCCUGCCAGGCCCCUUACACUGACUGAAGAUACCUCAGGUUCUGGCUUUCCCAGCUGCAGGAAACUGGAAGGAGUGGCAUGGAAAGAUACAUGGAACCAUCUUUUGAGCUCCACUCCCUCCCCAGGUCCAGGGUAUUUUAGUUGGUCAUGAUCUGGGAAUCAAAGAGGAGCUUGCCCAGAGAACAAAGAGUAGGAAAGAGAUGGCUGUGAGCCGAAGAUGGACCCAAGUAGGGCUAAGAAGGCACUAGCCCCAACUGGCUGUUGUGGAGUAGUUGCCUGGGAAGAAGGACCCCAGUGCUCUCAAGGUGGAGGGCAGGGCCCAGGCAGUGGUCGAGCUCUGUGUUAGGGAUCAGCGAGGCACGGAGCCUGAAACGCAGGGAAGUUGUUCCUGUUGGCCUCGCCUUUGAGUUCCUGUGGGACUAGGGGUGGGGGAUAUGGAGACUUGUGAGUGGAAAAAACAGAGAGGGUUGCUGUUUUUGGACGUCAGCGCUGCUGUGAUGUCUGAGGAAGUGGGUGGGGCUCCUCAUCCUGUGUGAAAUAAGCGGUGAAGAUUGUUCACGGCUGUGCUGCACAUCCCUGCCAUGGGAAUGUCAGGCAUGCCCCACUUCUGGAAGCUGAGGACUGCACCUGUUCACUCAAUCACAGAACUGGCUAUGGCUGGUUGGAAACUUUUUUCAGAGUACUGGGUCACAUACAGAGGUGUUUAGUACUCACUGUCAAAGAAUUACUGUCCCCACAUCUGUACACAUUAAAGCAUGGAUUAAAAGAUUUUUCAAUCAUUGUAA